AUGCUUCCAUCGCUGUCCCCAGCCGUGAAGCAUCUCCAUCUCAUUCCUGCAAUCAUCGAGACAACAGACCCUGAGUUAAGACGACACCUUGGCAAUAUUGAGCCGUUCUUCGCCCUCGCAGCUACACUGACACUAUAUGCCCAUGACAUCCAAGAGUAUAGUAGCAUUUCACGACUUUUCGACUUUCUUUUGGCUCGAGAACCCGUGGUUGCAAUCUACCUCUUCGCAGCAAUGAUUCUGUCGAGGAAGAAAGAGUUGCUGGAAAUUCCAGCAAAUGAGCCCGAGAUGCUUCAUUUUACACUUUCUAAACUGCCGUACCCACUUGAUCUGGACGGACACAUUCUGCAUGCAACACGGCUCUUUGAGGACCACCCGCCCGAAUCUUUGCCGCUUGGAGCCUGGAAACAUAUUCCCUGGUGUAGUGUGCUCAAAACUUCACGCGACCCACAUCGCAAGUACACCCGAGAAGAAGCGAUAUACUUGUUUGAAAAGCAAUCUCAACAGAUUCGGACUGAAGAGCGCAGGAAACGAGCUCUGGAUUUCUUGUGGAGCCACCGUCGCUCUGUGGGCUCUGUGGCGUUAGCCAUCUUGGUUGGCGCUGCAUCUUUCUAUAUCCGCAAAAAAGGACUCGACACUUCCAUUUGGUCUUAUGUUGGCCAAAUUCAAAGGUCAAUCCAAAGCUGGAUUUAA